AAAGUUGAGACAAAAUUAGAAAACCGCGUACGCUGUGGAAACUUAGUCAGUAAGCCAAUCACAUAUAUCUCUCUCUUUCUCUUCUCUUGUCCUGUUUCAGACACAAACUGAAAUCUCAUUUCCUUUUUACGAAGAGUGUGUGCUUUCGUGAUGAGUUUCUUGAGACCCUCUGCAUUGUACCAUUUCCUGAUCACAUACUCUUCUCUGCGAUGGAUGCCAUGUCAGAGUUCGGGCUUCCUUCGUUGGCCUGGUCUCGAUGGUUUCUUGAGGCUUCUGGUUGUUGGGCUCCUCUGGUCUACCUUCUCUGAGCUUCGUUCCAUACCUUCAUCUUCCAUGUUUCCAACUCUCCGUGUUGCCGAUCGAAUUAUCGUUGAAAAGGCUUCAUAUUACUUCAGGAGUCCUGCUAUCCAUGAAAUUGUAACGUUUCGGGAUCCAACACAGCUUUCUGGAGACAACCCAGAUGUUGUUUUUAUUAAGAGAGUUGUCGCAAAAGAAGGUGACACCGUUGAGGUUCAUCAUGGGAGACUCUACAUAAAUGGUGUUGCUCAGGAGGAAGAUUUCAUUGCAGAGCAACCAGCAUACACAGUGAAAUCAACUUAUGUGCCCAAAGGCCAUGUUUAUGUCUUGGGGGAUAAUCGUAACAAUAGCUAUGACUCCCAUGUAUGGGGACCACUUCCUGUUAAAAACAUAAUUGGAAGAUAUGUCAUGUGCUUUCACAGACCAACAAAUUGACACAAAUUGAAGAAAUAGUUGUUUUCUAUGGUCUUACCAAUGGGAUGACAUAAUAGUCCAUGUGAUUUCCAUGAAGAGUUCCAUCCCGCUGUUCCAUUACUGAAGCAUAUCAUCUGCUAAAUCUUUAUGGGAAUUGGAUUCUCUUAUGCUCAUCUUGAAGCUUCCAUCUUUCAAAGUAUGAAACGAACUUGCAGAAGUAAUGCCAUGCUAUUUCUGCUGGGUUCACUGUUAUGUCAUUUGCUAUGUAGUAUUCUCAUAGGAAUCUGAUUUUCUCCAUUAGUAUUUGUUAUAUCUUGUUUAAGCCAUGGUCAAUUAAAUGUGUGUGAAAGACAAAUAUCUUGUUCAUAUUUUGAACUUUUUGGACAUUUGUAAGUCUAUAUCCGAAAUAUUUUGCCUGAGGCUGUCACUCUACAUGCAUUCAUUUUUCCUUCAAUGCUCAUUCAAAUCAUAUCAUCCCAUGCUAUUCUCUUGUA